CAAACACACAGGAUCCAAAAAAAUAACAGAUUUCUGCCCCCCACAAAACUCGCGCGCAGUACACUAUCACAGCAUCUCUCGUUUUUUCAUUUUGGAGUGUAGAAGAGAACACUCUGCUCACGCCUCUUCUCAAUCUUCAACUUCAUCACCCUUCUCUUCUUCCUCAAAUUUCUCAUUCCCUAUUUCUCUAUUUCGCUCCCAUCCUCCUGCUCCUUCAACCAUAACAAAGAACCACAUACUCCUUCUUCCUCAUUUUUCGCUCCCAAUCACACAAACCCACACAGAACACGCACAACACAACACUCGGUCUCUGCUUCGUACGUGCUUGUGUGAUAUUAUUGCAGGGAAGCACGGUUUUGAUGAUGCCAGCCAUUUCGCAACCAAGAACCCAGCACACUGCCAGAAAGACCUAAGGCAGUGAAACCCUAGGGCAAAACCCCCACCUGGACUGUCAUAUAUUUAAUAGCAAUUGUGGUUUAGCGGCUUAACCCUGAAAUUGAACAGGCUGGAGAAGUCUGAGAACAUGGAGGAAAGCUCUUCGGCUGCGCCUUCACAACCGAAACCUGUGGUGGUUAGGGUCAAACGCAAGCCCUCUCAGUCCCCACUUGAUGCUUUCUGGCUGGAAAUUAAUGAGAGGCCCUUGAAACGUUCUCUCUUGGAUCUUGGAAAAUUGACAAUCUCUGGUUCUGCUCAAAAGGUGGAAUUUCAUAACAAGAAGGUUUUUGUUCAACAUGUGGAGACAAUAAGCAGCUCUGAGGUCACCUUUGAUAUUGUGCAAUCCUUUGUGGACCCUGAUUCCAGUUGUGCUUCUAUUUCGAAGUCGAAAUUUGAGGAAAGAAAGAACUUCUUCAAGAAGAAUAAUAAGCAAGAUCAGCUAUUGGUUAAAGCUAAACAAGAAAAGGAGUCUUUAGCAAAAGAUGCUCGCUUUGAACAAAUAUGGAAAAGCAGGAAGGGAAACAAAGGGACAGGGACAGGAACAAAACAUGAUAAAGCAUUACUAGAAAUAUGCAACUUCUAUGACAUUGUUCGCGUUGACAAUGAAGAGAAAAAGAAGGAAGUGCAAGAGCAAGAAAUGUCAUUGGAGGAUCAAAGACUUCUGUCUAGUUACCUUCCUUUACUGAGAGAAUUUAUUCCUAAUGCGGCUGAAGAGGUUGAAGCCGAUUUGAUUGCUCAUUUGGGUGGUCAUUCCAAAGAAGAGAAUUAUGUGUAUGACCUAUACACUGUGACGGAUGAGAUGGAUACGAACACAGAAGAUACUUUAGCUUCUUAUCCACUUGUUCAAGUUGAGGAGGAAGAGGACUAUUAUGAUGGCCCAGAUGAUUCAGAUUAUGAAUCUGAUGACUCAAAUGCUGAAAACAAUCCAUUGAAUGAUUAUCCGGAUGAGGUUUCUGAAGAGGAUGAAGAAGAGGUUGAAGAUUCCGGGAGUGAAUCAGAAGGUGAAAAUGGCGAUGCUAGUAACGAAUCAUCAAACGAGGAUACAGAACAUCAUGGUUUUUCCAAAGGUGAUGCUGAUCCAUAUGAUAAGGAUUUUGAUGAGUAUGAAGGUGUUUGUAACGAUGAUGAGAAUGCUGAAGAUGAAGAUUGGAGGUGGUCGUACCGAUGAAGUUGACUUUGUUUUGUUUUUGCUGAAGGAACAAAAGUGCUGAUGUUGAUGUUACAUCUAUAUGGGGUGGGGUAAAAUUUUUGAAGAAAAUCAAACAUGUGCAGCGGCCGUCGAACUGGAUAUAGACAUUAGGGAUGUUAUAGGCAUUUUUUACUUUUGUGGACCUAAUUUUUUCUGUUGGAAUUUGAGCUAUAGAAUGGUUACAAAAAUUGACAUUUUCAUUUUGGUUAUCUAUGAGAAAGCGGGUCUUUGUUGUAGGAAUAGUACUGAUUUUUGAUAAAAUAUCUGUCUUGCUGUGUUCUGUCACAA